GUCGGGGAUACCGCGCCUGUCUGCCGGCUGCUCGGUACCUAUAGACGCAAUCCGCUCACCGCGAUAACUUUACGUUCUAGUGCUAACAAUAAACUACGAAAAAUAUAUCUCAAAAUGUGAAAUCAUAAAAAGAGAAGAAUUAUCAUUAGAUAAAUCAUUUUGAAGUACGAACUUUAUUUAUUUUGUGGACAAAAGUUGGAUAACAUGAUAACAACCAUGACGUCAUUCAUAUUAUUGAAGACAAACUCUUUUUUGUUGAGGAUGAAUAGAGAGGAUAACGUAAACUGGUUCCAUGGGAAAAUAUCACGGGAAACUGCAGAGAAAUUGCUAAAAGAAGAGGGUGAGGAUGGUGUUUUCUUGGUACGUGAAAGCAACACUUCUCCAGGAGACUACGUGCUCUCGGUUCUUCACCAGGGAGAAGUAGUUCAUUACCAAAUUCGGAGACAUGGUGAAGAUGCAUUCUUCUCUAUAGAAGAGCACACAACAGUGCACGGACUUGAUACACUAAUUCAGCAUUACCGAGGAGACUCCAAUGGCCUGGUCACUCGGCUAUCUGUUGUUUGCAAAGGACAGCCACCACCUCAUGAGUCUCGUACACAGGGAAAUACCAACCUUUUACACAGGGCGACGGAAGCGGGCGAUUACACCGUAGUGUCACAGCUAUUAGCGUGCGGGUACCACAGCCGCGACGCUAAGAAUAAAGAUGGACAGACAGCCGUUCAUAUAGCGGCUAGAGCCGGCCGGGACAAGAUCCUGGCAAAACUCAUCGAGAGUGGCGCCACCGUCAAUGUCAGAGACUCAUUCGGAUACACGCCGCUACAUUACACCUGCCAAAACAACUUACCCAGCACGGCAGAGCUGCUGAUUACGAAGGGCCACGCCAACUAUCAGAUGCGGCACGCCGUCACCGGCAAGGUUCCGAUGCACGACGCCGCGCAAAAGGGACAUUUAGAUUGCAUAAAGGUUCUAUUGAAACUGAAAGCGCCGGCGCAUCCGAGGACUAUAGCGCAAGACACACCAGCACAGUUGGCCAAGCACAAUGGACACACAGAGUGCUAUGAAUUCCUAAAAAAUUACCAACCGGAUCCGCCUAAAACGUCGAAAACUCAAUGGUACCACGGCACGUUGAACCGAGACGAAGCCGUCAAACUAUUAGAGGAUUAUUGUAAGAAAAAUAACCUCAAAGACAAGACGUCCGACGGGGUGUUCCUAGUUCGCUACAGCGAGCGGCACACCGGUGCCUACGUCCUCACGAUGCUGUGCGAAAAUACAUCGUACAACUACAUCAUUAGGAAAGACAACAACAGCCUCUUCAUAGACGACGGGCCUUACCUGGAGUCCCUGGAGCGUCUGAUCGAACACUACUCGCUGGUGCCGGACGGCCUGCCCGCGCGGCUGCGAGCGCCCGUGCCGCCUGAACCCAAACCGCCGCUGCCCGAGUUCUCAACAAUGCCGCGUACAAAGAAACCAUCACCGAGCCGAGCGGCCAUGAACCAGACGCUAUCCCUAGUCAAACACGACAUCCUUGGAGACAACAACAAGAUGUCGCCAGCCACCUCACCUAACAACAACGCGUUUGAACUAUUGACUAGAAACCUUUCCUUCUCGUCAGACUUCGCAAACGACAGUCUGAACAAUAACGAAUGUCAAGACGAUGACACGUAUAAAGUGCCAGCAAAUAAUACAGCCGUUGUCACUCUAGCGGAGAAUUACAAUGAGAUUUCGAUUAAUUCUGAUGGACAGUUAUCUACGUUACAAGAAUUCAUCCCUAUGAGCGAGUUGACGCUCGGCCCUGUACUCGGCGAGGGUGAAUUCGGUUCCGUUCUCCACGCCACGUACAAUGCGCCCGAUCAGCCGCCAAUACAAGUGGCGGUCAAGACGUUACAUGUGCAGCAUACUGAUACCAAUAAAGAAGAGUUCCUAGCCGAGGCCAAGCUGAUGAUGGCCUUGAGACAUCCUUGUAUAGUGCGGCUCAUUGGAGUUUCAUUGGGUCCGCCGCUGGCCAUGGUGCAAGAGCUGGUGCCGCUGGGCUCGCUGCUGCGCGCGCUGGGCGGCGGGCCGGCGCGCGCGGGCCGACGCUCGCUGCGGCGCUGGGCGCGCCAGGUGGCGGCCGGCAUGCGCUACCUGGAGCGCGCGCGCUUCGUGCACCGCGACCUCGCCGCCAGGAACAUCCUGCUGGCCGACAGACAUCAAGUCAAAAUCAGCGACUUCGGCCUCUCCCGCGCUUUAUCCGCCGACAGUUCGUACUACAAGGCGCGCCGCGGCGGCAAGUGGCCCAUCAAGUGGUACGCGCCGGAGUCCUACAACUACGGCACUUUCAGCCACGCCUCCGAUGUGUGGAGCUACGGAGUCACGUUGUGGGAAAUGUUCUCCUAUGGGAAGCAGCCCUACGGAGAUAUGAGGGGGAUAGAGGCAAUACAAUUAGUUGAAAGCGGCAAACGUCUCGACAGGCCAGAGGACUGUCCCGACGAGAUCUACCAAGUGAUGCUGGACUGCUGGGCCUAUAACCCUGACCAAAGGCCCACCUUUAGUCAACUUGUGGACGUGUUCUCGAACAAUCCCGAGUAUGUAAACAUCAGUGAACUGGCUCUAGAAGACAACGAAGACAUUAUUGUGUAAAUAAUUUUUAUUUUUGCUAAUGUAAAUUUAAGCGUGACAGCUAGGCCUUUAACCUAGUAUUGGCAGGUUAGUACACAUGAAAUAGUCGAGUCGUAAGAACAAUUUAAAAAUAUUAUGACCUAAUAAUCAAUGUAAAAUGCAUUUUUAUGGUUAAAAGAUUUUAUUGAAUAAUGACGUAAUCACUUAUAGUCAAGAUUUGUGUUUGUGCUAGUUUGAUAUCGAUAUCUGAAGUGGGGAUAGUAUAGGGUGCGUUGCCAUUGAAGCGUGGCUCUGUGGAGCUGAGUUAGACAUGAAAGAAUGAUCGGUCACAAUGCUCAAAAUAAAUAUCUUAACUCCAUUUCAGCAUAAAAAGCAUAAGGAGUUUAGAAAAAAAUUAAUGAUAAUUUAUGGAAUGCGAAAGCUGCAUAAAGCGAUGCUGUGCAAAGCACAGUGGUGUUUUUGUGUAAUAAAUUUGCAACGCAGUGACAGAAGUCCAAUUCAUUUAUCAGCCAUCUACACAACUCGGCUCCUCACAACUCCGCUACAAUGUCAUGUCUUUCAUGACGCUCCGUACAGUUCCGUUUCAAGGGUAAUGCACCCUAGGUAUUCAAUUUAAGUCGCCAUUUUUAAAUAAGUAGAACACAUUUUAAGGAAUUGCUUUACAAAAAUUGCAUUUUAUGAUUUAGAUAAUAUGUACAAAAAGGAAUUGUUACAUUUUUAAUUUUUUACCUAAUAAGGCAUACAUAUACUCGAUUUUUCAUAACCAACUCUUUGCAUAUGGGGAUAUAUAAUGUGAAAUUGAUUAAAUUUAGAUUUAACUCCAAAAUAAGUAUGCAUUUAAGAAUACUAUCAUUUCUAUCACUGUACUCUGUUUUUUGCUAUCCAGACUGUUGACUUUGUUGACUUCCAACUGAUACCAAGGGAAACCACUAUUGGCCCUUUUGGGUCUUACGGCACAAUAUAUUUACCAUGUGGUCUCCAUUCUCGUUUUAUAUACUUAUACAUUUCGCUUAGCCUCUACCUCUUAUACUUUUUAGUAAGUUCAAAAACUAGAAACUACGAGGAGGUCGCUAAAACAUAACACCGAAACUAUUUUGCCGUUAUGUGCCUACUCUAAACGGGGAGUAUUUAGGUAAUAAUUGUGUAAAUAAUCCUUUACUAAUAUUACAUAGUGGAUCUGACAUUGUUAUUUUUUAAUUGCAUUUGUGGUUUAUUGAUAUUUAUUCAUGAAUAAAUGGCAGAGAUAUAUUUUUAUUAUAAAGACAUCAAAUAUAUUUAAGCUUUAUGCUUAUUACUUUAAUUUGGCUUGGUUUAUUAGAUAAUAUUUCAGAGAAUAUUUGUAUCUAUUUUAACUGAAUCCAUAGCAAUCUAACUAAUCUAAGGCAAUAAACAUGCCAUGCCAAAUACAUUGUAUCUCAUAAGAUUACUUUAAUAAUGUUCCUUACCUUUGCCAAAAACGGCCAUCUGAAAUAAGUUUAAUCAAACAUUCCAUUUUACAUAGUGAGUUCACGUUGACCCCACAUUCAAUUUGUUUUUUUUUAUGGUGCGUUUUAUUAUACAUUGUAUUUACAUAAGCACCAAUGUAAAUAUUUAUUUUAAGAUGUGUUUAUAUUAUAUUAUUGACAGGAAGAUCGUUAUGCAAUAAAUUUAUUUCAAUUAUCGAGAUGCCAUUAACAUGCCAUAAAAAGUAAAAAAUCAUAUGUAAUCGUAAUUAUUGCCAUGAGGUUGUGUUAUAUAAUGUACAAAAAGCUAUAUAGUUACCUAAUGUAUAUGUUUAUUAUUUAGAGAAUUUAUAUUAAAUUCUAUAUGAGUCUGAUUUAGCUUAAUACUUUUAUAUCGUGACA